AUGUACUCAUGGCUUCCUCGGCUCGAGCACCCCUUCUCGGCUCCUGCAAAACAAGCCCGCAACCUCUCAAACUUCGGCUCGGCUGGACUGGGCACACAAUCCCUUACCCCAUCUGCACUAGAGUCAGAUUCAGGCGCCGCCGCUGCAUCCCUUGGCGUAGUCGCCGCCGCCACCGCAGUCGUCUCCGUCGUACGCCACCGGCUGAUCAUUUGCUUCCACCAUCGUCUGCUUCGUCCCCCGCCCGCCCUCGUCCUACACUUGAUAGAGGGAGUGCGGCCGGCAGCCAGACGACGCAGAAAAAUUGGGAACCAAUUCAGCAUUGGAGAAAAGGAGACUGACAGGAAACCGGAGAUGAUGCAAUCUUUUCUGAUUGCUUCUUGUUCGAUAAUGGUUUUGUCUAAUUCACGGGGUGUGGGCUAUGGUUUGAUAAUCCAAGUUCACUUGGGAUCUAUACAAGCAGCCAGAAGGGCAAAUGGAAAUAGCAUCAGAUUGCUUGUCGCUGAUCAACAAGAUGAAGAGCACAGAGCAAGACCGAUCCCAUACUAGCUAGCAUCACUACUGAUGAUAUCAUAUGUAAAACCGUGAAAUUUUUCUGUAGCUAUCGUCAUAUAAAUAUGUCUUGUACUGAAGGAGCUCAUGUUUUGGCAAAAUGAACCAAACUGAUGUAGCUUCCUGCUUGUAUAAUGAGUACCCUGAGA